AUGAACAACAUUAACAGCACCAAUGACUUUGUCAUUGUUAGUGAGACGUUGAAGAAGUACAAUGCUGUCUUGACUGAGUUCAACUCAAUUUUUCUUGGUAUCAAGCAUAACAUUGCUCUCACUACUGAAUAUGCAUCAAGCUCUCGCAUCAAAUUGAUUUGCAAGUAUUCUGGCAAAUAUAGAGAUAUCAGAAAAGCUGAGAAGGUUGCUUCCAAAACAUCAGUUACCAGUGAGACUCUUCCUGGAUGGGAGAGAAAGCAUGAAAAAGAUAAGCAGAAGCAUGGUUGCCCAUGCUUUAUGUAUGCCAACACUACUAAAAAGGGAAAGUUGACUGUGCGCUCCCGUGAGACACAGCACAACCAUGCAAUUGAAGAAGAUCGUAGAGCAUAUGCCAUGCAUCACAAGCUCUUGCCCAAGGCAAUGACUCUUGUUGUCCAGCAUCUCAAAAACAAUGACAAUCAACAUUCUGGAAAGUCUGAUAAAGGAAGGAAGAUGUUUGAUUUCAUCACAACUCUUCAAGAUCUUGACUUCUAUGUCAGAUACUCUGUUGGUAACAUGGAAGACAACCAAAUAAAUAUGAUCUUCUUUGUUCACCAAGAUGCAAUCAACGGAACAAAUAGUCAUCAAAUGACCUAUGUCAACAUUGUUGGUACCAGCAAUGUGAGUGGAAACCCUCACACAACAUUAAAAACAUUCCCAAUUGCUGGUGCUUGGGUAGACCAUGAGAUAGAAGAAAACUAUCUCUGGGUAAUUAGCUGUCUCUGCAAUGCAGUCUGGCCUGAUGUCCAUGACAACAACAACAACAACAACAACAACAACAACAACCAAACACCUCUUCUCUCAGAUGUUUUUAUCACAGACAAUGAGAAAGCAUUAAGAAAUGCUAUUACUUGA